AUGGCAUUCCGUUCUAUCUUCACGAGACUCACCUGGAGCAGUUCCAGCAUCUUUAGCAGGAACCUCUCGCUUGCUCGGCCACGAGAAUUCCACCUUUCCACAGUCAGAUUCUCACCUACAGCAGCAACCUCAAUCCCCAAUGCUAGCAAUACUAUCGUGACACCACCUCCCCCACAAGCCUCUGCUGGAGGUAAUGAGGAUCGGAACGACGCUAGCCAUGCUGCGUUCCUCGGCGAGGCAGACAGUAACGAUGGUCACGAUGCAGUCCAGGCAGCAUACGGCGAACCCGCACCAGCUUUGGACGCCAGCAAUGCCGCCUUCUUAGGCGAGGCUGACUCAGACGAUGCCUUUGAAGCACGAAAAGCAGCCGAGGGAGAUAAAUAUGAGCCUAUGGAUGCCAGCAAGAGUGCCUACUUGGGUGAGGCUGACAGUGAUGAUGGCUUUGAGUCCGACAUGGAGAUCAACCCCGAGGCUCAUCGACACAAAAUCGACGAUGCCAGUGUCAGUGGCUUGCACGGCCAAUCUGGCGAGCAGGACCAGAGAAUUGAGUAA